GCACGUAUUCCUGUGACACAUUCGUUUCAGAGCUACCUUGAAGGUCCUUGGUGUCUCUUUGGCUCGUUUCCUCCCCAUGCGGCCCGCACCUCCCGGCCUCCGGUCGGUGCCGUGGCCGCCGAACCGCUUGGGAGCACCAGGGCCGUCACACGCCCAGCGCGCUGGGAGCCUCCACGGCUUCAGCGGCUCGCCAUGGAGCCUCUUGAGACUCAGCAUCUCGGCUUCGGCCUCGGGGUGGAGACGGUCUCGGAGCAGACUGCAAGUGCAAAAGGAGGUGAAAGAACCGGUGAAGAAAGAGUUAAAGGCAAUGUCCUUGGAGAAAGAGGUGAACUUGAUUGAAUCUCAGCUGCGGAAGAUGGAAAGUAUUAUCAGUACCUACCACUCAGUGCGUGAUUACUCCACACUUCCAAGCAAGUCCACCCCGAGGGGUCUUUCAGCACUGAAUGAUUUGGAGCACCUGGCAGUUGAGUCCAGUGACAACCAGGCAGCCAGAGCUCUCGCCUUUUGCUCGGAGGAUUCCGGUCGAGUGGCCGAGCUGGUGGCACGGACCCUGCGAACCCUUGGGGCGACCGGGGCGACCGAGGAGAUCGACCACCGCGUGGGCGAAGAUCUGCAAGAACUCACCGAGAUGUUGAAAGAGGAUGGAGUGGCCGCAGAAUGGACGCUUGCACCACCGGGCGCCAGUGACUCGGCACCCAACGCACAGAAUGCCCGGUGGCCAAUUCUAGCUGCUUUGCAGCAGAUUUGCCAGGAUGGUCGGCGGAGGUUAGGAAUUGCUGAAGCAGCAUGUCAUGAGCAACAUGUGCCAAGUGAACGGAACUUGAAAAAGAUUGCAUUUUCAGAGCUGCUUGAUGCUGCGAUUGGCAGGGGCAGCUUCAAAGUGCUUGGAGAUGGUGAAGUACUCAUCUCAGGUGUGGUAGACGUGAUUGAAAGGGCCAUGGCAGGGGAUUUGCUUCUGGUUUCAGUUGAUGGAUGUGAUGAAGAUCUUCUUUCAAACGCGUUCCAGGAUGCUAAUGAGCGUGGAGUGUCUGCUCUUGUCCUUCUGACUUCGAACAGGGAGGAGCAGAUGCUCAUUGAAAAGCUCUGGUCUUCUCCGACUGGUGGAAGACCCGAUGCGGUGGUUGCACUGCCAAAGGCAAGUGAACCACAGGUUUCCCUGGCACGAGCCUAUUUCGGUUCCGGCCAAACUGGAAUGAGGAAGAUUGCGGUGGUAGGUGAAGAUGAGCUUGAAAUUCGAGCUGCAGCCUGGCUUCUUUUCAAGAUGCUGGAAGUUCAUGCUGGAGCGUCCCGAACAGGCUUGAUCAACGAUCGUUGCUCACUGAUUGCUCACCGCAGUCUAGGCAUUUUCGGGGGUCUGACCGUUUGUGCAGUUGAAGAGAUAUUGGCUGGAAUGAGAGAGGCCGAUGUGGACUUUUGUGUGGCUGAAGUACUUCCAUCAACCAACGCUUUUAGCCCAGUGAACUUUGAUUUGGUACUUGACUUAGGAGGAGGGCGUGAUGUGCUUGGAUCAGAGGUGAUUUGCCGAAAGCCCUCGAGUACGGUCUCCACCUGUGCGACCUACUCGUUUGAAGUUCCAAUAGCGAGUGAGACCGAGUAUAAAGACCUCACCAAGGCCAAGUUGGUUGAGGAACUGGUUUCUCGAGGUUUUGAUGAGCCCCAAAGUUUAAAAUCGAAGACCAAGCAAGAGCUGCUAGAAACACUUCAGGCGAUUGCUGACGCGGAAGCAGAGGAUGAACCUGAUCUGCUGUCAGGAAAUGACGCUGAUGGCACCAACUUGCAUGCAGUAUUCACGCUUGCAAAUCUGGAAGGUCUCGAGCUGAUAUUAAGCGGUCUCAAGAUCAACAGGAUGAACUUGUGCAUGCCCUGGCUGGGCUCCUGUAGCCCCAAUGCUGUCACUGCUGCACUUUGUGCUGCCUCGCACAUCAUACAGCAAGAGGCAAGCCUUGAGGCCACCUGCAGGUGCCUGCAGUGUCUUCCUUCCAUCGCAACGCCACCCGCGAUUCUGGAGGUUUCUCGGGCGGGCGAAGGCAGCGAGGAGGGUGAUGCCAAGACAUCACACCUGGGGAUUUUGCAUGAAGUUUCAUGCCCAAGUGACAUGACCGUGGCCUUGCAGACGGUUGAGUCUUUGAAAGACCCUGAGGCCACCGUAACAGCUGUCUUUGGCUGUGAUGGUGAAGUCUCUCGAAAAGAGCGCGUGAAGUAUGCGUGGGCUUUGGCUCAGAGCUGUGCUGAACGGAUUGUGCUGACUUCGGCGAACUGUGGCACGGAGCCACCGUUGCAAGUCAUUGAAGACAUGUUGGAGGCCCUGCGAGGCGUGCGGAGAUGGAUGGAGGAGGAGAUGUCGAAGCCGCUGGAGGUCUUUGUGGUGGUGGAUCGUGCGGAUGCCAUCAAACUGGGGACCAUCACUGACUCAGAGAACUCUGUGACACUAGUCUUUGGGAGUGGCUACAAGGAUUUUUAUGAGGCGCCGGAUGAAGAUGGUGUGGUUCAAGCCUGGCUUUUCAAUGAUCGAAGUCUCUUGACUGAGGCUUUGAGCUUAGCAGGGGAGAUGAGAAAGGAGACGACCAUGCCUCCAUGGACCAAGAAGCCCAAAGUGGGCUUUACUUAUCCAGGAAGAUCUUUGCAUUGGUCAUAUGGCAUUAACAUGAACUCUGAUGGUCAAAUGAUAGAGCUACUUUAAGGUUCAAAA